GCAGGGCCGGGGCGGAGCGCAGGAAGGCGGGGCGCCCUGCCGGGGCGGGGUGGUGGCUGCGGCCGUGGUUCCGCCCCCGGCCGCCCCCGGCCCGCCCUCCGCCGGCCGGCUGGUGCGGCCAUGGAGGUCUACAUCCCGUCCUUUCGCUACGAAGAGAGUGACCUGGAGCGGGGAUACACGGUCUUCAAGAUAGAAGUACUAAUGAAUGGAAGAAAACACUUUGUUGAAAAGAGGUAUAGUGAAUUCCAUGCCUUGCACAAAAAGCUUAAGAAAUGCAUAAAAACACCAGAAAUCCCUUCUAAACAUGUUAGAAACUGGGUCCCAAAAGUCUUGGAACAACGACGACAAGGUUUGGAAACAUAUUUACAGGCUGUCAUUUUAGAAAAUGAAGAACUUCCCAAACUGUUUCUUGACUUCCUAAACGUGCGACACUUGCCCUCGCUACCGAAGGCGGAGAGCUGUGGAUCUUUCGAUGAAACAGAAUCUGAAGAGUCAAGCAAACUGUCCCACCAGCCAGUGCUGCUGUUCCUCAGGGAUCCAUACGUCUUGCCUGCAGCCAGCGAUUUUCCAAAUGUGGUUAUUGAAGGAGUUCUCCAUGGGAUCUUUUACCCUCAUCUGCAGCCCAGGUAG